UUUACAUUUUGGUCGAAAAUAUUUCGCAUCACAAUUUUUCUAUUAAAUUUCUUUUUGAAAAAUGACUAAUUUUUAUUGGAUUAUAGCUCAACAUUCCGGGAAAGUUCUUGAGGUUGAAGGUGCCUCUAUUUUUCAGCCUGCUAGAAUCAUCCAAGUUACUAAGAAAUCCGAACAUGAUCCUAUCGUUGAUGCGCAACUCUGGUAUUUUAAUGGCGGAUUUAUUGCCAACAAAAGGUCUGGUUUCAUGCUCGAUGUUGCUGGAGGUAAGUAUAAAUAUUAUUUAAUUAUUUGAAAUUAAAAUCUUCUUAACCCUAAAAUCCAAUUUUUUUUUUUUUUUCACUUUAACUAAACAAGCGAAAUAUGUAAACGGCACACAA